CAUCUGAACACAGUUCCUCUUUCAGCUGCAAACGUUUGAGUGCGGAAGAGUCCAGUGAAGUCCAGCUGAGAGAGAUACAGGAUUUGCUCGUGUGCUGGUCGUGUCAGGUGGACUGUAGGUCUGUAAAGAGCUCUGCAGAAGUCCUGAGGUGGUGUAGUUUUUGAGUAGCUGACAGAUCGGUCAGUAGAGGGGGUUGUAAGAGUGGUCAUAUCUGCAGUCGUGCUGUCUCUGUAUGUAGUGAGGAGGCUCUGUAACUCAGGAAGAAUGCAGGUUGGUUUGUAUCUUCUGCUUGUGCUCCACAUUGCUGAAGGCUGCAAACUGAAAGAUGGAAAGCAAGAAAAGAUUACUGCAUACACAGGAGGGUCAGCACUGCUGCCCUGUUACUGCACUGACCCACAAGCCACACCUGGGAGAUUUACCUGGAAGAAACUUAGCACAGGCAUAGUCAUAUGGGAAGAGAUGUCCAGUGAAAGUGGUCAGUACAGAGACAGAGUUCAGCUGGGUAAUGGUCACUCUCCAGGAAAUCUCUCUCUACUCAUAUCACUCCUGACUGAAGAGGACAGAGGAUGGCACAGAUGUGACGUUGAAGGCAGCAUCAAAGAUAUCAGACUCACUGUUGAAGGCUGCUCUCUGACCAACUAUAAGACAACAUUAAAUAUCACAGCUCAUACAGGAGGGUUAGUACUGCUGCCCUGCUCCUGCACUGAGCUACGUGCCAAACCCAAGACAUUCAGCUGGAACAAAUACAUCAGUCCAAAUUGGGACAGGAUAACCUUUGAAAGUGGUCAGUACAGAGACAGAUUUCAGCUGUUUAAUGGUCACUCUCCAGGAAAUCUCUCUCUACUCAUAUCACACCUGACUGAGGGGGAUGGAGGAGAUUACAGGUGUCAUUUGGAAAGUGGAUACACAGACAUCAGACUCACUGUUAAAGCAGCUCCAACUCUGAGAACGUCAACUCUACGUUCUUCCACAAUGUCUUCUCAUGAAGGAAAGUCAACCCUGAAUGUUGCUGCUGGUGAUGCAGAACCUCAUCAGUCUCUGCCCUUCGUCCCCUUUGCCUUGGUGACUGUGAUCUUUCUCCACAUUAUAGUAGCUGUGGUUUAUCACACCAAGAGAAACAAAGUGCCAGAUGCUGCUACAAUUUACUACAGCAAUGAUGAAGAAGAUGGAGCAGUGAUUGUACAGUAGAGAAUAAAACCAACAGACAUCAACAGACCAGCUACUGACAACACCUGAUCUGCUGACCAACUCCUGAGUUUGACACCAGAUCAAAAGACCAACUUCUGAUUUCAUCCUAGAUCAACAGACCAGGUCUUGACAUUCACGCCAGACCAACAGGCCAUUUAAUGACUUUCAAUCCAGAUACCAGCUACUGACUUCCACACCAGAUCAACAGACCAGCUACUGACUUACAUUCCAGAUCAACAGACCAGCUACGGACAAAAACACCUGAAUAAAAAGAUUUUCAACUAAAAACAUAACAAGAAGACCAGCCAAAGUCCAACACACCUAAUCAAUAGUUCACCUAGUGACAAGCACACAGAGGAACAGAGAACUGGAGUUUUUACUCAUAUGACUUGGUUGACCCUCAGAACAGGAUAUGAACAAGUGCCAAUCUGUUUUUGCCCUUUAGAUAAUAAACUGCAAAAUGGGCAUUUUUUACUGAAUAUAUUUUUUCUAAGUAAUAAAAAAUCUGUACAUCAUAUCAGAUAAUAUGUAAAUAUAUUUGUAGGUUUUUU